GAAGUCUUCGAGUAUGGCCGUAUCUGCCUCGACAAAGAGGACGCUCGUAGACGUUGCAUUGUUUCUGGCAUCUCAAGCAGCCUUGUACUACACCUUGACGUGGGCAGUAGAGCGAUUCUUGCCCGAGCGUCAAACACGGAAGGAGGUUUCUGCGAAGAGUAAGGAUGCGCUAGACAGACUAGGGCAUAAGGACCUGGAGCUGAAUGAGUAUGAGAAGGCUAUUGCCGCCGAAGUCAUCCACCCCGACGAUAUCAAUGUCCGAUUCUCUGAUAUCGGCGGUCUGGAGCCAAUAAUUUCUUCCCUCCGCGAAUCGGUCAUAUACCCCCUUCUCUACCCCAAACUCUUCACCUCGUCAUCCUCGCUCCUCACAGCCCCGAAAGGUGUCCUACUGUAUGGCCCGCCGGGCUGUGGGAAGACCAUGCUCGCAAAGGCUCUUGCUAAAGAGUCAGGUGCGACUUUCAUCAACAUCGCCGCCUCUGUGUUAACCAACAAGUGGUACGGCGAGAGUAACAAGCUCGUCGCUGGGCUCUUCGGGCUUGCGAGGAAGACACAGCCGAGUAUCGUGUUCAUUGACGAGAUCGAUAGUUUCUUGAGGGAGCGAACGAAGGGUGACCACGAGGUGACGGGGAUGAUGAAGGCGGAGUUCAUGACGCUCUGGGAUGGGCUCACGUCCGGUACGGACCGGAUAAUGAUCCUUGGUGCCACAAAUAGGCCAAAUGACAUUGACUCCGCCAUCCUUCGACGGAUGCCUAAGCGUUUCGGCAUAGGCCUGCCCGAUAUUGAGCAGAGGAAGAAGAUUUUGUCCCUAAUGCUGAAGGACACGCCUCUAUCACCUGAUUUGUCUAUGGACACCCUUGCUCAGCGGACAGAAGGCCUUUCAGGUUCGGAUCUGCGCGAGCUAUGUCGGAAUGCCGCAAUGGUUGCUGUAAGGGAGUUCAUGAGAGAAGCGGGGCACGAUCCAGAAGUGCUGGCGAAGGGACAACUGGAGGGGUUCAAGAUCCGACCGUUAAAAUUGGAGGACUUCACGGCCAAUCAUGACGGUGCGACGACGUUGAUCCCUACAUAUGAUACGACGCAGCUCGAGGAUGUCGACGUUUAAUAAAUUACAGCGGCUUGUAUUGGUACGGGCUUGAUAGAUUUAUAUAUUUAUGCUCAUUAUUGAGUUAUUGGGGAGGCG